AAAUUACUGGUGAAGAGACAUGAAAAGGAAUAUAAACAUCUACUAAGACCAGCAGGAAAUUUAUCUAAAAGAAAAUAUUAAUAUCUAUCAUUGUAUUUAAUUUGUUAAAUGUUAGGGUGAAUCACGCGGAGUAUCGAUACAAAUGUUUUCUUUUCAAGUUCAAAAGCACUGUGCCCGUUUGUCGAGAAAAAUGACAUUAAAACAUAAGGUAAACUCGAAUAACGAAUCAAAGAAUGGGAAAGAUCCUCCACAGCAAAAUCAUUCAGGAACGAUUCAGGAAUCUACACCAUCUGGAUUGUCAAACUUGCACAUGCAAAGUACAGAAAUUGGUGAAAUCACAGAAAUGCCAGACUUUGAAAUGCUGAAUACAUCAGCGAUACUUCAUUAUUGCAAACAUAAAAUAUUAAGACCAUAUUUGAGAUUAUUAGGAGUAAUGGGCUUAAAGCCAAUAAGCAAUGAUGAUUCACAACGAUGCACUUGUUAUUGUAUUUUUGCAAAUCUUCAUACUUGUCAAGUUGCAAUAUUUAUGUGCAUUGGAUAUAUACUACAAUACAUGGCAUGUUUUAGAAGAGACAGGGGUUUUUGUUAUAAAACAAUGCCUUUGAAAUUUCACUUUGCAUCCAAUUUGAAUAAGGAAGAUUCAGAAGAAAUUACUUGCUUUGGAAAUGUUAUAUUUAGUUAUCUGGUUCCCAGUAUUUUACAUUUAGUUGCAUACAUAUAUACAGUAUAUCUGUUCCGAAUUAAAGAAAACGAACAGUUACAAAAUUUAAUGGAACGAGCAUUUCUUCUAUCUUCUAAUUCUGUAAAUCGUGGAAAUCAAAGGAGACUUGUACGGAUAUUGUGGUUUUUCAUAGCAUUGAGUCUUGUAUGGAUAAUUAUGGCAUUAAUUACAGUAAAUGUGUUAAUGGCUCGAGGAAGCAUUAUAUUUCAAUGGCUAGAACACAGUCCAUAUCAACUAAAAAUAACAAUGAAAGUACUUUUAAUCGUAUGCACAUUAUGGCAUGAUAUGGUUCAAGGAACAAUUAUAACCAGUUACUGUUUGCAAGGGCAACUUUUACUGGCACAUCUGUAUUUUCUUCGUGAAAAACUACUUCAUCAUACUUUAGCUCCUAUUGAUUGGAUGAGGGAGAUUAGCGAAUUUAAAAAGUUAUUGAAAUAUUUCAAUAACGAUUUAGGGCCAGCUGUAUGCAUUUACACAAUUGUAAAUUUAUCAUGGGCAGCCGCAGGUACAAUUUGGUUAUUCCGAUAUGAUAACAGCGACAUGCAAACUAAUUCUGUCACAUGGGUUGAAAUAACAAACGUAGUUCUUUGGAUUCUAAUAUCGAUAGUCCCUUUUAUCCAGGCAGCACGUUUAACAACUGCUUGUUCUAUGAUUCAAAGUAUCGGACACGAAGUGCGCAUUCGACCAUUUGUUUAUCAAAGUACACCUGGCGAAGAUCUUGAUACUAUACUUCUAUACACAUCAUCCUUGGAAAUGUAUGCACGACUCUUUAGGGUACCAAUUACGGGUAGAUACCUUUGUUUAUUUCUUACCAUAGGGAGUAUCUUGAUCCUUACACUAGGACAAUGUCAGUUCUUCUAAUCAUUUCCUACACUUUGAUAAAUAGAUUACAGAUAUUUAUGUAAAUUCAUAUUUUUAUAAAUAUGAAUUAAAAAAGGGAUCAUAGGUAGAUAAUAAUAGUUUAAUUUACUAAAUAUUAUAACAAGUACUUUAUUUUGGGUAUUCCAUAUAUUUUUAUAUAUCAUGCACAUUCUAUAAAGUGAUAUGCUUUCAAAUUUCCUAUAAAUGUAUAAAAAUCAGUGGUCUACUGAUAAAUUCAAUCAUACAAAAUAUCCUUUUUGUAUAUUUUUCAUUCUAUACUUAUAAUUAAUACUAACAGCUCUUAAUUCAGAGUAAUGUUUACAUGUUUUGCAAAACAAGAUUGUUUUAUUCAAUUCAAUUUGCAAAUUUACAAUAAUUUGUAAUUAAUUUGUAUAAUUUUAAAAUGAGUUUAUGAUUUUCUAUGUAAUAAUUUGUGUAGAUGUGUAAUUUUACAAUAAUUUUAUUUGUAAUAAUAUCCUAUAGAGAUGAUUUCGGAGAGUUAAAACUUUAGUUUAAUUCCUGAAUAAUUGAAGAAUUCGCCUUAUAGAUCAAGAAAUUUCUUUAUUGGCCAUCAAUCGGAUGACUUUAAAUUUGCUUAUAGCUUAAAAACCAGGAAAAGUAUUUAGGUAAAACUAAUCUUAAUUAAUUCCUUACGUCCUAAACUUUCAUUCGAGCCCUUAAAAGUUAAAAAAUUAGUAGUCGAAAAAUUUGGAUUUUUCAUUCACCUGUCGUUUGAGUAUAUAAUUAAAUAUUAUAUAUAUACAUAUAUAUAUAUAUAGUUCUUUUCUACUUCACGCUUUUACGUUCUACAAGAAUAUCGAAAAAUAAAUACAUGUAUAAUUCUAUUU